AGAAAGUCAAACUAUUGGAACUUGUAUGAUCUAGCUAACGUAGCAUUUGGCAAGCCAAUCUUGACCAUAUGAAAUCCAUAAAGCUGCAGCCUACUCUCCAUAAAUCUCUCACAACCAACCCUCCCCACCUUCCAUUCAGCAGCGCCCCCCAUUUGUUCCUGCUCAGCUUGCUUGUUCUGUUUACUUUACUUGGGUAGCCAUGUUGAGAGCUUUGAGUACACGGAGGUGUCCUCACAGGUACGAGCGACUCGGGGAGGAUCCUACCAUUAGCCUGUUGGAAGGGCGGCUGAAGAGGGCAACCAGUUUGCCUACCCGAGUACUCGGUUCUGCAUCGAGGAAGUCGCCUCUAGAGAUUGUAUUUGCCGAGACUGCUCAAGUGAAACACAGGCAGUCGAAGAAAGCUAGCAGAGGACACCCUCUGUUUAGUUUCUUUGAUUUUCGCCGCAAGAGGAAGACGACGGCGAAGCCUGAAUUUGCAAGGUAUCUAGAGUAUGUGAAGGAGGGAGGGCUGUGGGAUUUGAAGGCAAAUGCUCCUGUAAUUUACUAUAAAUGAUUUAAUUCAUAGUUCUUUCUUCUUCUUCUUCUUCUUCUUCUUCAAGUUUCUACAUGUAGCAUUUGUUCAACCAGAAGGUAAAGAAAUUUGGUUUUAAGUUGUAAGAUGAAGAUUGAAAUUAUCAACAGUCUUCUAUCCGAGUUCUUCCCUUAUCUUGAUUUUGAAUAUGUGACAGAGAUUUGAGUUUUAAAAUAGAGUUGCCUCUGAUAUUACUUUGAUUAGUUAAUUGAGA